CCAAAAUUAUGGUUUGGAAUAGUUUAAAGAUAAACAUUAGAAAAACAAUAUUUAAACAAAUUUAUACUUUCCCUUUCUCAUACCCAAGCAAAGCAUCAGUGAGUUGUCGACAGCAAUAACAGAAAUUUACCAUAACAGCUUAAAAGAAAACAUUGUUGCAGACAGUGGAACAAACCUAACAACAGAAAUGAGAAAGCAAAACGAACAACGGGUUGUUAUCCUAGGAGGCGGUGUUGCCGGUUCCCUCGUCGCUAAAUCUCUUCAAUUUCAUUCCCAUGUCACACUCAUUGAUCCGAAGGAAUACUUUGAGAUUCCAUGGGCAAACUUGAGGACAAUGGUGGAGCCAUCCUUUGGAGAAAGGAUAUUGAUCAACCAUAGAGAGUACUUCACAAAAGGUGACCUUGUUGUAUCUAGUGCUGUCAAUGUGACGGAAACUGAAGUGUUGACUGCAGACGGCCAUCAGAUUGUGUACGACUAUCUUGUAAUUGCCACUGGACAUGCAGAUCCUGUACCCAAAAUUAGGACCGAUAGACUUCAUCAGUAUAAAGAAGAAAAUCAAAAGAUAAAAUCUGCUCGUUCCAUUCUGAUUAUUGGAGGAGGUCCUACUGGUGUGGAACUUGCCGGAGAGAUAGCUGUUGAUUUUCCAGAUAAGAAGGUUACACUAGUGCACAAAGGACCAAGGCUUCUGGAAUUCAUAGGGGCAAAAGCCGGUGAUAAGACUCUAAAAUGGUUGAAAUCUAAGAAUGUUGAGGUGAAACUAGAGCAAGCGGUCGACUUAAAAAGUGCUGCAGAUGGACACAAGGUAUAUCGAACUUCAGUUGGGGAUACCAUUGAAGCAGAUUGUCAUUUCUUAUGCACGGGGAAACCACUUGCUUCGGCAUGGCUUAAGGAAACUGUGUUGAGGAAUGACUUGGAUGUUCAUGGAAGGAUUAAGGUAGAUGAAAACUUGAGAGUCAAGGGCCGGAACAACAUUUUUGCAAUUGGAGAUAUUACAAAUAUUCCUGAAAUCAAGCAAGGGUUUUUGGCACAGAAGCAGGCGGAAGUGGUUGUGAAGAACUUGCGACUGAUGAUCGAGGGAGGAAGAGAAUGUUGGAGGGAAACUUACAAGCCACAUUCAGUAAUGGCAAUAGUUUCACUUGGGAGGUAUGAUGCAGUCGCGCAGUUCCCGUUGCUGACAAUCGGUGGAAGAAUUCCUGGCUUCAUCAAGUCUGGAGAUUUGUUUGUUGGUAAAACAAGAAAACUAAUGGGGCUAAACCCUCAUACUGAAUAACCUUGACUUUGGUAAUUAAUAUUAUAAAUCAUCUGUUUCAUAGUUUGUGUAAUAUAUUCAGCUGGUUCUUUCUUUAAAACAAUUACUUAUUUGUAUAAUGUAGUUUUUUUAUGCUGCUGAGAAGUGGUGGUUCUUGAGAUGUAAUUAUGUGAAUCAAAAGCUGGAAAUGGAUGUUACUGCUGAAUUAUAAUUAUCCUAUAGUCCUGAAAAUCUUUGUUCAUUUACCA